UGGCCAUUUCUUCGAGUUGGUUGGUACGCGGCUUGUUUUGGUCCGGUCCGGUCUGGCCUGGCGUGGAUUUUGACAGCGUCCCGGAGAUGGAGUUCGCCGAGCUGAUUAAGACUCCGCGGGUUGAUGGUGCCGUCCUUCAUCGACCCUUCCAGCCAAGGGUAGAGGGCACACUCUGCCUGACUGGUCACCACCUUAUACUCUCGUCCCGACAGGACAACAAUGAAGAGCUGUGGCUGCUACUUAGCAAUAUCGAUGUCAUCGAGAAGAGGUUUAUAGGAACAUUGGGUACCAUUACAAUUAAAUGUAAAGAUCUCCGUAUUAUCCAACUGGACAUUCCUGGCAUGGAUGAAUGUUUAAACAUUGCUAGUUCUAUUGAGGCUUUAUCCACUCUGGAUUCCACUACAUUAAUGUAUCCUUUCUUUUUUCGACCGAUGUUUGAGGUCUUAGAAGAUGGAUGGCAUUCCUUUCUUCCAGAGCACGAAUUCACUUUGCUUUCUGCAAUGACUGAUGAAUGGCGACUUAGUUACGUUAACAAAGAUUUCGCUGUCUGCCGUUCCUACCCUCCCAUUGUCACGGUGCCAAAGUCAAUUGAUGAUGAGGUUCUGAAAAAGGUUGCUACGUUUCGUCAAGGUGGUCGCUUCCCUGUCCUCAGCUACUAUCAUAAAAAGAAUGGAAUGGUAAUGAUGCGCAGUGCACAGCCAUUGACUGGAACCAAUGGAAGAAGGUGCAAGGAAGAUGAAAGAUUGAUCAAUGCCACUCUACGAGCAGGAAAACGUGGUUAUAUAAUUGACACCAGACCACUUACUGCUGCUCAGCAAGCCAGAGCCAAAGGCGGUGGCUUUGAACAGGAGGCACACUAUCCUCAGUGGCGACGUAUUCACAAGUCCAUUGAAAGGUACCACAUUCUUCAGGAAAGUUUAAUUAAACUGGUUGAAGCUUCUAAUGACCAAUCCCACAACAUGGAUAGGUGGCUGAGUAAAUUGGAGGCUUCUAGCUGGUUGUCACACAUAAAAGAAAUAUUAACCACUGCUUGCCUAGCUGCACAGUGUAUUGACAGAGAAGGUGCAUCUGUAUUGGUUCAUGGCAGUGAAGGAAUUGACUCCACUUUGCAAGUCACCUCUCUUGCCCACAUUAUCCUAGAUCCACAAUCAAGAACAAUUAAUGGAUUUGAAGCCUUAAUUGAACGUGAAUGGUUGCAGGCUGGCCAUCCAUUCCAGCAACGGUGUGCUCAGUCUGCCUAUUCUAAUUCCAAGCAGAAGAAUGAAGCUCCUACAUUUCUCCUCUUUUUGGAUUGCUGCUGGCAGAUCCAGCACCAAUUUCCAUGUUCAUUUGAGUUUAAUGAACAGUUCCUAAUUGUGUUAUUUGAACACGCUUAUGCCUCCCAGUUUGGGACCUUUUUGGGUAACAAUGAAAAUGAAAGGCGCAAACUGAAGCUUCAGCAGAAAACUGUCUCUCUAUGGUCUUGGGUGAAUAGACCAAAAGAGCUGGAAAAGUACUUAAACCCUCUCUACGAAGCAAACAGCUUAGUCAUCUGGCCUUCAGUGGCACCACAAAGUUUACAGCUUUGGGAAGGUGUAUUUCUCCGAUGGAGUCGUUCGUCAAAAUAUUUGGAUGAAGCCUGGGAUGAAAUAAUUCAUAUUAUUGAGUACAAUAAGGAUUUACAGGCAAAAGUAAAUGUACUUCGACGUCAGUUAGCUGAACUACAAACAGAAGAUGGAGAACUUGAAAGUCCUUGAAAAAUAUUUAUCAAUUAUUGCAUUUUACUCAAUUGAAAAAAGUAAUACUUUGUAUAUAAUGCUGCAUAUGGGUUAAUCCUUAAAUAUAUUUAAACAUCAACUUAUCUACAGGAAGAGGACAUUUAGAUAAACCCUAACUUUUAGUUACAUGGUAAUAAUUCAAUUGCCCUGAAAACUACUCUUGAGGAGGAAUAUUUUUCAAUAUGGUUUUAAAGUAAGAUUUGCAAAUAGAGCUGCUAACCAUCAAGUUUCAGGAUAAAUUAUUUAGAUAAAUAAUGUAUAAGUAUUUACUAGGCCCUAUCCUUACGGAAAGUAUGAGCAAAUCAUUGAUUAUGGGAACAGUUAAACAAUGAAAUUAUUGAAUCAGAAGGAUGAAUGAAUUAUGGAAAUAUUAACACAUUGAGAACUUGUUAAACUAAACUAUUGUUUAAUUUUAAAAUUAACUUUCAGAAGCAGCAUCUUUUUAGAGACAUAUUUUGACAUGAGGUAAUAUGUAUCUCAAAGGGGGAGUAUAAUUUAAGGUAGGUAAUGUACUUCAGGCUGCAAAUCUUUGGCCAAUGCAGAGAAAAUUACUAAUUUGAGUUUGAUACUUCUGUUAGCUAUUGUGCUUAAACCUAUCUCUACUUUGGUUGGGGGAAAAAAAUGACUUCUUUGGAAAUAAUGUUUUCACCAGUAACUGAAACUUACUCAUGUAGAAAUAUUGCACAUACUGUAUGUCGCAGGUAAUGAUUUCUGCCAACGGUUGCUAUUGAUGGAUGUUCAGACUCAUUUGCUGGAUAUCAUACUAAAAUAGGGAACAAAUCGGAGGCAAUGAUGAGCUCUAUUCUGAUUCUUUUCAAUGACAAAUAAGAUUUUUCAGACUGAGGUGAAUUAUGUAAAUUAUUCCUGUAAGUCCACUUAUAAUGAAAUGGUUAGCUUAUUUUAGUUUGAAAUGGAAGAGGACCAAGCUAGCUGCAAAGAUGGAAAGUUUUUGUAUUCAGCAGAUGACAAUAACAGUAAAAUUAGACACCAAAAGUUCCUCUCAAGAAUAUUAAGAAUUGCUCUUCAAAGGGCAAGGCAUCAAUACAUGGAUGUAAUCUAUUUCUGGAUUGUGAAACCGUUGUUUGCACUUUAUGAAGAAUAUACUUCAGUUAUAUCAUCAUAUGGUGGUAACUUGCUCUAUGAACUUGACAUAGUAAAUGUUAAAUGAAUUCCAGGACUAUUCUAAGUAGAAUAUCUUCAUAAAAUUUAGUGGCUGCUUUUUUGUAACAGACCACCAAGUUGCACAAUUCAAGUAUAUCAUUUUGCUGAAGAAACUGUAGUUAAGAGGAUUUGAAAAUACACUAUAUGCAUCAUUUCCUGUCUUUAGUUGGACUCGCACUUUAACCUUCCACCUGCAAAGUCGCUGAAAUUUUAACCUGCGUUUGCUUGUUAUUCUUUGGCGUUGUUCCUUUGCAAAUUAUCAUUUGAAAUGAUCUUGAAGUAAUUGUUGCUGAUAAAGUUCAGAAAUCAAUGUAGGAAAUCAUGACACAAUACAUCUUUCCAUCUCUAUGCAAAUACUUGUUUAGAUACUUUGACAGCUUUUUAAAAGUAUAUUUCUGUCUUUGUUACACUACAUUAUAAAAACUGGAUAUUUUAGAGGGGAACACAAAGUCCAAUAUAUCAGAGAUGUCCUUUGAGGUUUUUGAAAUUGUUUUGACCGCUAUGUCAAAUUACUAUUUUUCAAUAUUCUGAAAAUAGUGUAAUUAAAUAAAUGCUUAUAGUUCUAGAAAGUUUGGAUCCAGAAAGUAUGAGAGAAUAUGGUCACAUUAAUAGAACAAUGAGAUACUAAUAACAUUUUCAAACCUCUUUCUUGUAAAGUGAGUGUUUUUUUAUAUGUUACAACCCAUUACCCUUCAACUUGAAAUCCCAUCUCAUCCAAGAGGGGAAACAGUGGCCUCUUCCUUUGUGGGGCCAGUUCAAUUUAUGCCAGUUUUGAGCUUACAGUAGAGUCUAUGGUCAGGUAACUUUUAAAGUUAGUGUGACUAUUGCUGAUACAAUUUUGCAAUAUGAACCACAUUAAAUGUUUUUACAAAAUAACUUCACAUUCUGCAUUUAUAUUCCAUUAAAGAUGGAUGCAUUUCAAGAACAGUUGGGAAUAUAUUUUUUUCCCAGUGGCAGCAUGAUUUUGAAAUAGAUGAUGUGAAUGCUAAUUCAUUUAGAUUGUAUCAGGAAAGUAUGACUUGCUGUUCUGAUAGUUGCCUCUGACCUUCUGUAGUAGGAACUUGCUUAUUAGAGACAGUAGAGAAUCUUGAAAUGGGUGUAAUUUUUCUCAAUAAUUAAUCUCUCAUGGACUGGAGUAAUUAGCAUUAAAAUGUUCUGUCAAUGUUUAUGGUUAUGAAACAUUUUAUGCUAAAACCAGAAAUACUGUUAAAUCAUUUAAUAAUACUGUAUGACCAAUGUAGUGCAUGUAUAUAAAAACAGCUGAUUUCAAUCUAUGAUUAUGUGAUCCAGAUGAUAUGUAGGUGAUGCAAUAGUUGAAGUUAAUGCAACUUCAGUCUUUCUGCAAAUUUAACCAGAUGUUUACUUGUAUGAACAUACAAUACAUAAGAGGAUGAAAAUUUUCAAAGUACAAUCUAUGCUGUGUGAACUGUUAUCUUUAAUUAAGUACUGUCUAAAUUAUGCAUGCAUUGACUUGAAAUGUAAUUUUUUGGCAUUAAAUGUUUUAAAUACAUGA